AUGGUCAUGAACUCCAACUUUGCGGCCCUUGGGACAGCUUCCCGGAUUGUGAACCUAGAUCAGGGAAAGGCGUCCCUCUAUAACAGCAUGGAGGCAUGGAUGGCUGACUGCUCUCAAGCAACCAGGGAGGCCUGCUUGCAAACCUUGGCGCCUGACAUCCAGCCUCGGCCACCGUCGGAUAUGGAGAGCUGUCAAUUUGCGGAGGAAGGAGGCGUCCUGGAGCUGGCUGAGCAGUCGCGUACCGGAACGCUAAGCUACAGGACCCUCACCUACUACUUCGGCUCUGGACAGCACCAAGCAGGGAUAAUUUUCCUGCUCUUCAUUAUGAUGAGCAUGCUCUCCAUUGAGGGUCUCCGUAUUUACUCGGACUACUUCAUGGGCGUCUGGGCUGCGAGGGACUCUUCGAACAGUGCAGAGCAGUCGCGCAGAGACUUCCAGAACUUCUGCAUGUGGGUUCUUCUGGCUGUUGCUGGGGCCUUCCUGCGUGGCUGGUUGGUGAUUCAUGUUGCGCUCAAGUCCUCAGAGAAGAUCCACCACAGGCUGCUGGAUCAGCUGAUGUCAGCACCCAUUGGGCUGUUCGACACCACGCCACGGGGUCGCAUCUUGGGGCACUUCUCCAAGGACUUGGAUGCUGUGGAUGCCCUGCUGCCCCAAUACAUGCUGGACUUCCUGCAGGACAUAACAAUGCUGCUGGGCAUUGUUGUGGUGUGCGUUUGGUCCACUCCGCUUGCAGCGGUUGCCGUUGUCCCAGUCUUGUUCAGCUUCUACAAGAUCCGCCACUUCUUUAGCCGCACGGCACGGGAAGCCAAGCGCCUGGAUGGCGUCAGCCGGGCGCCGCUGUACUCGGCCAUGGGUGACGUGGCGGAUGGCCUGGCCACGUUGCGAGCACACGGACAGCAGCGUGGCCUGGUGCAGCAGUUCCAAGCACUGCUGGACCGGAAUGGCAAGGUUUUCUUCCAGACCUACAUCCUCCAGCCUUGGUGUAUUCUGGUCUUGGACAGCCUGGGCUCUGCAAUUGUCUGCAUCGCCUCGGUCUUUUGCGUGCUGCUUCGGGACAGCCUUCCGGCCAGUACCUCGACGAUGGCUAUCUCCUAUGCGUUGAUGACGCGAGGAAAGCUGCAGUUCUGCAUACGCCUCUCCAUCGAGGCAGAGAACCAGCUGGUUGCGGCUGAGCGGCUCGCUCAAUUCGAGGCAGGCCCCAGGAGAUUUACGUUGCAUUGA